GCAAUUGGCGGCAAAUCAAGUCUAUCGAAGACAGUUUAUCGACGGGCAAGUGUGUGUGAGUGGCACUGGCUGCGCGGGCGCCGCACUCGCAGUCAUCGUCCGGCUGAAGUCGGCGGCGACGGGCCGUUCCAAUUUCGAAUUUGCCAAUCGUAAAAUAUUCGUGACAUUUUUAAUAUUAAGUAUUAAUUUAAAUUUAAGUUUUUAAUCGGCCAGACGAUGCUAAAAAUCGGUGGCGGGGCCGCGCUUCUGGCGGCGAUCGUCGCCGUGUUCGUGGUAGCGACCCAGGGCCGCGAUCCCGACUUAGAAGCCCUAGAACACGAGGGCAAGCAGUAUAUCAUCGAACUAGACAAAGCUGCUGGCCUUAGGAAAAACCGGGCCACCUUAGCCGAGUGGGCUUACACGUCCAAUAUUACUAAAGAGAAUGAAGAGAAAAAGCUCCAAGUCCAAUUAGAAAUAUCAAAGCAAGAGAAACAAGCAUGGGAGGAGACAAAAAUGUACCAUUGGCAAGAUUUCCAGGACUUCACUCUAAGAAGGAUGUUCAAGAAGUACUCACAGCUCGGCGUGUCGGCCCUUCCUGAUGACAAAUACAAGAUGCUGAUGAAGUCAGUAUCAGACAUGGAGUCGAACUACGCCACGUCGAAGAUUUGCGACUACAAGAACAGAACGAAAUGUGAUCUGUCUUUGGAGCCUGAAAUAACGGAGAUCUUCGCAAAGAGUCAAGAUCCCGAGGAGCUGAAGCACACUUGGAUAGAAUGGCACAAGGCAGCUGGUGCACGAGCUCGUGACAACUUUACCACUUAUGUGCAACUGGACAAUGAAGCAGCGAAAAUGAAUAAUUUCAAAGAUGUUGCGGAAUGGUGGCAAUCAGAAUACGAAGUGCCGGACUUUGAGGAGCAGCUUGCUAAAAUUUGGGAAGAUAUUAAGCCUUUGUACCAACAACUUCAUGCGUACGUGAGGAAACGAUUGAGGGACAAGUAUGGAGACGAAGUAGUGUCGGCUAAAGGACCUAUACCUGCUCACUUAUUAGGAAACAUGUGGGCCCAAACUUGGAAUAACAUUGAAUCUUUCACUCGGCCUUAUCCUGACAAGAAGGAAAUAGACAUCACACAGACCAUGCGGGCACAGAACUAUACUCCUCUGAAGAUGUUCCAAAUGUCAGACGAAUUUUUCAGAUCCUUAAAUUUGACAGCGAUGCCUGAAAAGUUUUGGAAGAAUUCAAUCAUUGAGAAACCUACAGACAGAGAUAUUGUGUGUCAUGCGUCCGCUUGGGACUUCUUUGAUGGAGAAGAUUUUAGGAUCAAAAUGUGUACGGUGGUGAACAAAGAACAUUUUAGGACGGUCCACCACGAAAUGGGACAUGUGCAAUAUUAUUUGCAGUACAGAAGUUUGCCUGUAGUUUUCCGAGGGGGUUCCAAUCAAGGUUUCCACGAGGCGGUUGGUGAUACUAUUGCACUGUCAGUUUCAUCUCCUAAGCACUUACGUCGAGUAGGCCUGGUCACUGGGGAUGCUGAAGAUGAACAGACUGAAAUCAACCAGCUUUAUAAAAUGGGCAUAGACAAGAUAGUCUUCCUGCCAUUCGCCUAUACUUUGGACUUGUUCCGUUAUGGAGUCUUCCGCGGUACCACUCCUCCUGAGGACUAUAACUGUCACUACUGGAGGCUGAGGGAAAUGCUUCAGGGUGUAGAACCUCCAGUCAACAGGACUGAAGAGGAUUUCGAUGCUGCCGCCAAAUACCACGUGUCCGCAGAUGUUGAAUAUGCCAGAUACUACGUGUCAUUCAUAAUCCAGUUCCAAUUCCACCGUGCGCUGUGUCAGAUUGCCGGCGAGUAUAUACCAGAAGACUUCACCAAGAAACUUGUUGAUUGCGACAUCUACCAGAGCGUUGCUGCUGGAAAUGCUUUGUCUCAAAUGCUCAAGAUGGGUUCAUCGCGACCCUGGCCAGAUGCGAUGGAGGCGUUGACCGGCCAACGGGCAAUGAAGGCUGAUGGUCUUUUGGAGUACUUCAAACCUCUGCAUGACUGGCUGGUGCAGGAGAACCAGCGUACCGGAGAACACAUUGGAUGGGAAGCGAGUAAAGUCCAAUAUUGCACAGCGGAGCAGUUAGCGGCCCUAAGCGCAAAACAGGUCAAGCCAGAGCCGGAGCCGGAAAAAGAGACGUGACCCGCGCAUGUACUUACUAUCUAACUUAGUCUAAUUUAUAGUAGGCGAGUCUCAGUAUUCGUAAUAAACUUUUUUUUAAGUGAA